UGUCACAGCUGCUUUUUCCUUUGCCAAAAUAUAGGUUUUGGCUAAGGUCCGCUUUGUAAAGAAUCUCUACAGAGCAUCCCACAGGGACGGUGGCAGAUUCUCCUCUGGCAUCCAAGAGGGCGUUCCACUUGUGAAAGAACUGAAACACAACUUCUCUCUGGAUUAUCUGACACUGUGAACAUCCACUACCAGCUGACUCUGUUCUUAAUAGAUGGGUUCAGCCUUUAACAGGUUCUGCAUGCAGUUCUGCUGCUGCUGCUGUGUUGCUGAUGAUGAUGAAGAAGAAGAUGAAAAGCAGCCUUUAGUACCUGCGGAUCCGUUGGACUAUUUUACCCGUGAAGUCCAGAAGCGUCGAGAUGAGGAAACAAACCUGUGGAGUGAGCCGGGAGACCCCAGCCAUUCGGAGAGACCGGAUGACCGGGUGCUCUACUCUCUGCUGCAGGCCAGGCAGAAGACCCGCAUGGGCUCCACGGGCUAUCGUCGUCUGAGUGUUGAUAUCGAGGCCAUGAGAGACACGCGCAGAGAAGUCAGAGAGAAAUGGAAGACAAUCCUGGAAAAUCUAGGUUUUAUGGCAGAAGCAGACUCUCUGCUGGCUGUGUCGGCUGGGGGCUCAAAUGACCGCAUGCGUAACGCCCCAAGAGCACGUGCCCUCCUUCACAUACUUCACUCUGAGACCUCCAUCUUCAACAGCAACAAAGAACCACCACCAGAAAGAUAUCUUUUCAUCCUGGAUCGUCUCCUGUACCUAGACAUAGCUGACGAUUUUGUGGCAAAGGCAAAACGCUUCUACCCUCCAAAGGAUGACUCUGACGAGGACGAGACGCCGGGUCUCUCCGUAAACCUGCCGCUGCUGCUGGCCAGGAUAGGGGCCAUGAACGGAGGAGGGGAAGAUGAGGAGGAGCAGAGCGAAAAAGAUGAUGAAAACUUCAGUGACUGAGCCCAAGAUCUAUGGGCUGCAGUAAUAAGAGACACAAAGCAGGGGGCAGUAGUCAUCAACCCUGGAGACCUGGUUGACAGCUUUGCAUAGCUCUUAUUCAAGUGUUUGCUGCCUCAUACAGUGUUGUUGCUGCUUUUUGGAAGUUCUAGGCUGAAAUAUUCCCCUCUCUCAUUUAGCUUGACUCUUUUUUCUUUAGUCUGGCCAAACUCUAAAAGGAGAUUUGCAGAUUUUGAAAUGAAUCCCACGGAUGAGUAUUAACUGUGUUUUUUUCUCUCCACCAAAGAGUGUUAUCGGGGUUGUAGGCGGUUCAUUGUUCAUGUGUUGCGAACCUUCAGGGUAACUAUGUUCUUCUGAGCAAUGCUUCUUUAUAGUUCUGUCCUAUGAUUAUCAGCACUCAUUUCAUUCAAUCAUAUGAUCAGUAAGAACGCGGAAUAAAUAGCACACCGAUCUGAUGUCAGACUUUCCUCUAAAGGUUUUACAGGAAAGAGUGUUUGCGUAAUCACUGCUUUAACUCAUUAGAAUCUGUAUGUGGUUCAAAAUAUUUGAAGAAUAGCAAAAAGAAAUGCAAUGUGAGUACUGUAAGUUGAAUUUUUAAGUUGGUUGUUUGCGUGACUGAGAUGGAAGGAUGUGUUUCCUGUUCAGCAAUUUGCUGAAAAUGUGAAAGAUUUAUACAAGUAUGCGAUAGUUUGUGUUUUGGUCUGAAGUUACCUUGAAAUAAAGUU